AUGGCGUACUACGAGGAUCGUCGCCACUAUGCGCCCCGUGACCGUGGCCGCCCAGCCGGCGGUUAUGCUGCAGACUACUUUGAAGAUCACCCACGGGGCCUUCAUGCAAGGCAUGACCGAGAACUCUAUCCCACUCGAGAGAGUCAGGACUCGAUCGAGGAAAUCCAGCGCGAUUAUCCCCCGGGGUCAGAUUAUGUCUAUGAACGCGGCUAUAACUCGCGGCGCUCGCGACGCCCGGUCUACGAGAACGUGCGUCGCGCAUCGUCUGUUAGUGGCUACGACCCGUACUACGACAAUGGUUACUAUCGCUCCCGAACCCGGCGGCCCAGACAGUAUGAUGAUGCCCGCUCCCGUCGCUCCAGAUACUCUUCACCUUCAACGAGCCCAUCUCCUUCCCGCCACCGACGCCGAAAGUCCCUCGGCGAAACUGCACUCGGCGCCCUUGGCCUUGGCGCGGCUGCUUCCAGACAUUCAGACCGCUCAGCUCGCGGCCGUGGCCGAUCCUCUCCCCGUCGUCGGGGUCGCUCGUACUCGUCAUCGCGAUCGCGCAGUCGCAGUCGCAGUCGCAGUCGCAGUCGCAGUCGCAGUCGUGACCGUCCCCGCAAUCAGCGCCAACGCAGCGAGCAGCGCAUCGCCCAGGCUGCGCGUGCUGCCCUGACUGCCGGUGCCGUGGAAGCGUUCAAGUCGCGCAAGGAGCCUGGUGACUGGACCGGUGCCAAAGGCAAGCGCAUUCUCACCGCUGCUGUGACCGCCGCCGGUGCCGAUGGCCUCGUUGAUAAAGAUCCCAACAAGCACUCUGGACGUCACGUAGUGGGCUCCACGCUCGCGGGCCUCGCCGCCAGCCAUUUCGUGGGUGGCGGGCGUUCCUCAUCCAAAGGACGCGAUGGCCGUGGCCGCUCUGGCGGAGCUCUCAAAGACCUUGCCGCCACCGGCGCCCCAGCUGCCGCAGGCAAAGAAAUCUACGACCGCAUCUCUCGCUCGCGCUCCAGGCCUCGCGGCCGCGAAGAUGACCGUGACAGCGACGAUGAUCGGCGCGGAUCCAAGAAGCGCAGCAAGAGUGUCUCAGAGUACAUCACCAAGGGCAUCGCUGCCCUGGGCCUUGGAGAAGAAGCAUCAGGCCGCGGUCGAGAUGAUCGUGGCCGAGACGAUCGUUAUGAUCGCCACCGGGAGCGGCGUCAUCACCGGGAUAGGGACUCACGCUACGACUCCUAUUCAGGCUCAGAUGCAGACAGCGACUACCACAGCAGGGAUCACAGAGGUGGCAGAGGCUCGAGAGAUGUAGGUCUUUACCGUUCCGCGAACGGCAGCAAAGUACCCCCCAAUGCACCCACCAGCGCAGCGCGCGGUGAGAGAGACGUGGGAUCCACCACCCGAGGAUCCCACUCCAGCUCUGAGAGUGAUUCUGACUUAGGCGACAGUAGUGAUGAAAAAAAACAACGGAGGAAGAUGAAGCGAGACAUGCUGCUCACGUCAGGCCUGGCCACCGUGGCCACGAUACACGCCGUCCAUGGCGUACACGGCGGCAUCCAGAAGCGAAAGGCACGCAUGCAGCAGGUGAAAGACGGCGAGAUCACGGCCGAGGAGGCGCGCAAGCGCCGCAUCAAGGCCAAUGCCCUGGAUGCGUUCAGCGUUGGGCUUGCGGCGCUGGGUAUCAAGGGCGCGUAUGCGGAGUGGAAGGAGGUUGAUGAGAAACGCAGGGAAACAAAGCACUUCCGAGAUAAAUGUGCGGAGCGGGCUAUGAAGCGGGAGCAACGCCGCUGUCGCAGCCAGGGCUCUGUCCCGAAUAGUCGGCGCCGUUGGCCGGAUGAGAUUGAAUACCCGCCUGACACCCACCAUGGCCAUAGCAAUGGCUUUUCUUACCACGAUGGAAAUCCAUAUGGAGCGACGAGUGUGGCACCGGCGAUCUCUUAUUAG